CGGGCCAAAAUGUAAACGAAAAUCGAAGGGAAAGCAAAAUUGUUGAUAUGCUAAACAUCGCAUCAUCUGGCAGAAAAACAAGCGGAAAAGCAGUCGGAAAAGCGGUCGCAGUGCCACGAAAAUAGACAACAAAAAAAAUACAAAAAGAGAAACGAGUCCAACCGAAGAAAGAAACGCUGGCCGCUCAUUAUUUUGUGUUUGAUGGAAAUUUUGGAAAACUUUUAAAAACACCGAAAAUCAUCCGGGCAGUGUUGUGUGUGUGUUAUGAAAUCGUGGCCGCGUGCGUGAGUGCAAAAAUAGCUGGAAUAGUUGGGCAAAAACUCAAGAAAUUAAACCCUGAAAAACCCAAAAACUUUCCAUAGUUAUCGUAGAAUCCAGACAGCAAGAAGUUUGUUUCCACACACCAACACACGCACACACCCUUUGUUAAGUUGGCAAUGAGAAACUUACGCCGUUUAACAAACACUUUGCAGUACGGCCAAUUAACAAGCAGAUCCGAAACAACAGCCACCUUAAGAUAUCCAAAUCACACAGCCAAAGUCGCAAUUGUUCAGCUGAGGCUACUGUCCCAGAAAUCGGUUGAGAACAGCGAAAUCAUCAGCAGGGCUAAGGCUAAUUCGCAGGGUAACUUCCACCCAAGGAUCCACACAAUUCACAUCGGUUUCCCAAAUUACCGGCGAAGUCACAACAACAGCAGCAGCAGCAGCAGCAGCAGCAGCAGCAGCUGCAGCAACAGCCUUAAGUUAAGUUGCUUCUAUGCCAGUUUAGGCAAAAUGCAGGCCACGCCCAGCGAAGAUACUCAGCCGCAGGAUCCGCACAAGUCCUUCGAAAGGGACUAUUGCGAUUUGCCGCCCUACCAAUGCGACAUGAGUGAUUCGGCACCGAAUACCCCGGGACCCAGCUCAGCCUCGGCCCUGCCCAAGAAGUAUUACCGCCAAGCGGCCCACAGAGUGUUUGUGAACAGAUCGUUGCAUUUGGAGAACAUCAAGUACUAUGGCUUCGACAUGGACUACACACUGGCAGAGUACAAGUCACCGCAGUACGAGCAACUGGGCUUCAAUCUGGUCAAGGAGCGCCUGGUUUCCAUGGGUUAUCCCAAGGAGAUCCUGCAGUUCGAAUACGAUCCCACUUUUCCGGUUCGCGGCCUGUGGUUCGACACGCUCUACGGCAAUCUGCUGAAAGUGGAUGCCUACGGCAACAUUCUGGUCUGCGUUCAUGGCUUUGAGUUCAUCAAGCAUCACCAGGUGUACGAACUGUAUCCCAACAAGUUCUUGAAACUGGACGAGUCGCGUGUGUAUGUCCUGAACACGCUCUUCAACCUGCCGGAAACCUAUCUUCUGGCCUGUCUCACCGACUUCUUUACCAACAGCAGCGAAUUUGUGCGCGUUGAGCGCGGCAUCAAAGCUGGCGAUUUCCUUUUCACCUACAAGUCGAUUUUCCAGGACGUGCGUCGCGCCGUCGACUGGGUGCAUUCCGAUGGCGAUCUGAAGCGUCGCACCACGCAGAACAUGGCACACUAUGUGAAGAAGGACGAGCGUUUGCCCACGGUCCUGUCGCGCAUUCGCGAAUCGGGCGCCAAAUUGUUCAUGCUGACCAACAGCGACUACACGUACACCAACGAGAUCAUGACCUACCUGUUCGACUUCCCACAUGGCGCCACGCCGGAGGAGCCGCACCGCGACUGGAAGUCCUACUUCGAUGUGAUCGUGGUGGAUGCCCGCAAGCCGCUCUUCUUCGACGAGGGCACCGUUCUGCGGCAGGUGGACACCAAGACGGGCGGCCUGAAGAUCGGCACCCACAUUGGACCGUUGCAGCCGGGCCAGGUGUAUUCGGGCGGAUCCUGUGAGCUCUUCACCAAGUUCAUCAAUGCCAAGGGCAAGGAUGUGCUCUACGUGGGCGAUCACAUCUUUGGCGAUAUUCUCAAAUCGAAGAAGAUACGCGGGUGGCGAACAUUCUUGAUUGUGCCCGAAUUGGUGCGGGAGCUGCAUGUGUGGACGGAUGAGUGCCAGCUUUUUGCGGAGCUCCAGAAUUUGGACAUCAAGCUGGGCGAUCUCUACAGGGAUCUCGAUUCGAGUGCCAAGGUCAAGCCGGACAUUUCGCAGCUGCGCACCUGCAUCCGCGAUGUGACGCACAAGAUGGACAUGUCCUACGGCAUGAUGGGCUCGCUCUUCCGCUCCGGAUCGCGUCAGACCUUCUUCUCCAGCCAGGUGGUGCGGUAUGCCGACGUCUACGCGGCCACCCUGCUCAACCUCAUCUACUACCCCUUCUCGUACAUGUUCCGCGCUCCGGCCAUGCUCCUGCCACACGAGUCGACGGUGGCCCACGACCAGGCCCACCAGCCUCCGCCUCCGCUGGCACCUGCUCCUGGUACUGCUACUGCUCCUGGAUCCGCCUCGGCGGCAGCAUCCUCCCCGGACGAGCCGGCGCGCAUUGUGGCCGGCACCGAGCAGGCCAAGGACACCAAGGAUUUGCAUCGCGCCAGCUCCAUUGUGCACACUCGACCCUCCACGCCCACCGUGGUGACCCACACCCAUGACGAGGACUACUCCGAGGAGGAGGAGACGCCCAGUGGUGCCGAAUCUUCGACGGAGCAGCCGCUGCGCGAUGUGUCCGAAGAUUAGGAACCGCGACCCAAAACCCCAGCAGGAAUGUUUGCAUCAACGAAUUUUCUUCUCAAACUUCCCAGAUGUCCCAAAAAGAAACACAGAAACCCAUCCGUGGUCGAAGCAAUUGUGAAACGUACGAUUUUCCCUGGCGAUUUUACCCAAAACACAGAUAUGUGAAAUUAUAUAUAUACCAUAUAUGAUAUAUACAUUAUACAUUAUACAUUAGCUGGUUCCAUACAUGUAAUGUGUAUUUUUUUUUAAAUUAAAACUAUAAAUUGCUGUAAUUGAAAGAAAACAAA